GGGAAGAUGGACGGUUGACUUGGUCAGGCUGCCUCCUGCGUCCCUCCCCAAAACUGUUGAGCAUUCCCUCCCAGGGCCCUCAGAGAGAUCUGGUGAGUUGCAGGGGGAAAGGGCAGGGAUGGAUGGAGACAGAGGGGGGAAACACAUUGGCAAGGUGUUGGACAAAUAUGUCCCAGGGAUCUUUACCCAGAGGGUGUCAAUUUAUUUGUGGGACAUAGGAAUUUGUUCAUAUAUUUUUUUCAAAAUAUAAUCUGCCCCUCCCCACAAGUUCUGAGGGACAGUGGACUGGCCCCCUGCUGAAAAAGUUUGUUGACCCCUGGUAUAGAGUCUCACAGGUGUCCCCUUAAGUCGGUGGGUUGCUGAGGUCCCAGCGGCAACAGAACUCCGUCAGACCGGUCAUGCGCUAAAGGUGUCGUCCGGGCUUCGCUAGGUGAGGUUGGCAAUCUGGGUUCACCUGCCUGCAUGCUCCACCAAAAUUGUUGGACAAAUUAUGUCCCAAGGAAUCUUUACCCAGAGGUCAUCUGCCACGAUCGGGCAUCACUAGAUUUAUUGCCGUAAUAGGACUGCACGGGCGACUCCUUAGCUCAUACUGUAAAGGAGUGCUCAUUCCAGCUUACAUCACACAUAAUUUAUAACCUAAAAGUGUUCGAAUAUCCCUCCUACAAUUCCUAUUGGUUAAGAAAUUGCAGUUUACAGGCUUCCCAAUCCACCUACACAUAUGUCCCCCACCAAUAACAUGGAUACCAUGUCCAUUCAAAUUAGCCGUUUCUCCUUUAGGGGUGCAUAUCCAUGAAGCGUUUGAACACGUGUACUAGUUCUUAAACUAUCACCUGCUAUUUCUCCUUGUUAUCUCGAGUCACCUCUAAACUACAGUGGUGCCUCGCAAGACGAAAUUAAUUCGUUCCGCGAGUUUUGUUGUCUUGCGAUUUUUUUCGUCUUGCGAAGCACGGUGUCGGGAAAGUUUUGGAAAAGCUUCAAAAAUCACCAAAGUCUUUAAAAACCUCAAAAAAGGCUACCACACCGCAUUCUAUGAGUUGCUCCUUGAAGUCAAGUCGCAACUGGAUUAACGGUGUUAAGAAAAAGGAAACAAACUUGCAAGACGUUUCCGUCUUGCGAAGCAAGCCCAUAGGGAAAAUCGUCUUGCGAAGCAACUCAAAAAACAAAAAACCCUUUCGUCUAGCGAGUUUUUUGUCUUGCGAGGCAUUCGUCUUGCGAGGUACCACUGUAUAAAUCUAUCACUUUCAGGGUCAGCAUGGGCCUUGAACACAUUCUUAGUCUUUCUUAGUCUUAAUUGCACCCUCUAACACGAAAAGGAGUUUAGGGAGAAUCCUUUGAUUCAGCUAAGGAUUCAUUUUUAUGCAUUUAUUCCACAUUGGGGCAGGACCUAUUUUUCUUGCAUGGUGGGUUUCAGAAGGAAGGCAUAAGAGGAAGACCCCCCCCUCUUUCACCAUGGAAACAGUGAAAGACAUCCUUCAACAGCUAAAUGUGAGGCUACCAUUGUUUAUUCUUACCUCAGGAAUCUGCAGCUUGUUUUCGCUUGGGAGCUCCUCAGGAAGGAGGAAAGAGUCUGAUAAUGCAAACCUAGCGAGAAUGGAAGGGGGAAGAUGGACGGUUGACUUGGUCAGGCUGCCUCCUGCAUCCUUCUCCAAAACUGUUGAGCAUUCCCUUCCAGGGCCCUCAGAGAGAUCUGGUGAGUUGCAGGGGGAAAGGGCAGGGAUGGAUGGAGACAGGAGGGGGGAAACACAUUGGCAAGGGGAAAAGGUGGAGAGGAGAGAAAAGGCAGGAAGAAGGAAGCAGAGAGGCCUUUUCCCAUGCUCCUCUUUGUUUCUGGAAUCUGCUUUCAUAGAGGAGCCAGAAACCUUUUUCCUCUCACAGCGUUUUGAUUUUACAUGUUUUCCCCGCACUACAUGAUGAAAUGAUGAGGAUUACCUAAACUAAUACAGAAAUAUGGGUAAAGGGUGUUGUGGAAAUGCUUUUAGUAAUUAUAGAUUAUUUAUUUUUUUGAAACACUUCUACCACUUUUAUUUUUUUCUAAACAAUUAUAAUUAUGUAUGUAAUUUAUAUAUCGCCCUUCAUACAAAGAUAUUCCUUGAAACCCUAAAAGCAUUUAUCCCUUUGCUUCAAAGCAGGUGGUGCAGACAAGCGACAGAACUCUGCAGAAUGUGGAAUGAGCUUUAUUGAUGGUGGAAACCUUACAAACCAUCAACGAACUCACACGGGGGAAAAACCAUUUCAAUGUAAUGAGUGUGGAAAGAGUUAUAGUAGUAAUGCCACUCUUAAACAACAUCAGCGAAUUCAUACAGGGGAAAAACAAUAUGAAUGUGUGGAGUGUGGUAAGUGCUUCAGUGAGAGUGGAAAACUUAAAAGACAUCAACGGACUCACACAGGAGAGAAACCAUUUAAAUGUAUGGAGUGUGGAAAGAGCUUCAGUGAAAGUUGGUCCCUUCAUAUGCAUCAUCGAAGUCACACAGGGGAGAAACCAUUUAAAUGUAUGGAGUGUGGAAAGAGUUUCAGUUAUAGUUCAAGCCUUGCUUUACAUCAUUACACCCACACAGGGGAGAAACCAUUUGAAUGUAUGGAGUGUAAAAAGAGCUUCUAUGACAGGGGAACACUUAGAAAACAUCAACUAAUUCACACAGGGGAAAAGCCAUUCACAUGUAUGGAGUGUGGAAAGAGCUUCCGUCAUAUUAGUUCACUUCGUGUACAUCAACGGACUCACACAGGGGAGAAACCAUUUGAAUGUCUAGAGUGUGGAAAGUGGUUCAGACGAAAGACACACCUCACUUCACAUCGGCGAACACACACGGGGGAGAAACUAUUUAAAUGUUUGGAAUGUGGAAAGACUUCCACUGAUAGUCGAACACAUGCAGAACAUCAACGAACUCACACAGGAGAGAAACCACUUAAAUGUAUGGAGUGUGGAAAGAGCUUUGGUCAGAGUUCCAACCUUACUUCACAUCAGCGAACUCACACAGGGGUUAAACCAUUUAAAUGUAUGGAGUGUGGAAAGAGCUUUGGUCAGAGUUCCCACCUUCGUACACAUCAGCAAACUCACACAGGGGUUAAACCAUUUAAAUGUAUUGAGUGCGGAAAGAGUUUCCGUCAGAUUGCACACCUUAACAUACAUAAAUAUACUCACACAGGGGUGAAAGACUUUAAAUGCUUGGAGUGUGGAAAGAGCUUCAGUCGACGACAUAGACUUAGUGAACACCAGAGUACUCACGCAGGUGAGAAACCAUUUAAAUGUAUGCAAUGUGGAAAGAGCUUCAGUAACAGUGGAGCCCUUAGAACACACCAGCAAACUCACACAGGGGUGAAACACUUUAAAUGCUUGGAGUGUGGAAAGAGCUACAGUCGACGUGAUAAACUUCGUAAACAUCAGAGAACUCACACAGGGGGGAAACGUAUGGAGUGUGAAAAUAGUUUCCAUCAGAGUGCACAGCUUACUUUACAUAAACGUACUCACACAGGGGAGAAACCCUUUAAGUGUAUGGAGUGUGGAAAGAGUUUCAGUUGGAAGAAUCAGCUUAAUUCGCAUCAACGAACUCACACAGGGGAGAAACCCUUUAAAUGUAUGGAGUGUGGAAAGAGGUUCAGUGAAAGUCGCUCCCUUAAUAGUCAUCAUCGAACCCACACGGGGGAGAAACCAUUUAAAUGUAUGGAGUGUGGAAAGAGUUUCCGUCAGAGGACACACCUUACUUUACAUAAACAUACUCAUACAGGGCUGAAACACUAAAUGCUUGGAGUGUGGAAAGAGCUUCAGUCAACGUGAGAAACUUAGUGAACAUUCACUCAAUGUUCAUUCUUUUACAUAGAAUUCUAGAAUGCUAGAGUUGACCGUGGACAUAAUUUGAGGGGGUUUUGGAUGGGGCAGUGUGGAAACACAUUCACUUUAUUUUGCUUACUUCUUUGGAACAAUGAACCUCAAAGGCAGACUAGCAUGACAAUCCACCAAGAGGUUCAGUGCUGUCACUUGUGGACUGAAUCAGGACAAUGGAUAUUUUUCACAAUAUGUGGGUUAAUCAGAUUCCCAAUGCCAACUCCAGUGGUGCCUUGGUUUAAGAACAACUUAGUUUAUGAACAACUUGGAAUAAAAAUGCUCCAAACCCGUAAGUAGGUGUUUGGGUUGGUGAACUUUGCCUUGGAAACAGAACAUGUUCCGCUUCCUGUUGAGUGUGUUCCAUUUGUAAAUCGAGUCCCCCGCUGCUAAUCAGAGGCUUCCUGUUGAGUCUGUUGGCCGUUGAGUCCGGAGCACCCACAUAACAGAGGUGAUAUUUGGAGCUUUUGUUUUUGCUAUCUUUUGUGUUUUUGUUGGUGUGGCUUUUUCAUCUUUUUUUUACUGUGACUUGUUCUUCAUUUUAUGGUACUGACUUUUGACUGUGGCUUGUGACUUCGUUUUUGUGACUGUGACUUGUGACUUCGUUUUUGUGACUUGUUUUUGUGACUGUGUGGAACCCAGGUCAGCUACUGGUUGAUCGUGUGACUGCAGAAAUGGAUACAGGGAACCAGGCAGAGGGCCUUCUCGGUAGUGGUGCCUGCCCUGUGGAACGCCCUCCCAGCAGAUGUCAAGGCAAUAAACAACUAUUUUACUUUUAAGAGACAACUGAAGGCAGCCCUCUUUAGGGAAGUUUUUAAUGUCUAAUGCUGUAUUGUUUUUAAUAUUCAGUUGGAAGCCACCCAGAGUGGCUGGGGAAACCCAGCCAGAUGGGCGGGGUAUAAAUAAUAAAUUAUUAUUAUAAAAGUCCCUCAUCCAAACAAUUACUAUCAUCAGUGCAUGUAAGAAAAAAAUAAUUUUAAUUUUUAUCAUCUACAAUACUGUCUUAUUUAUUUUAUUGUACAGCACAUUGAUUAUUGCCAUCCUUUUAUGGAUCAGUGGUCUUGUUAGAUAGUAAGAUUCAUGUUAAAUUCCUGUUUUAGUGGGGGUUUUUCAUUGUCUGGAACGGAUUAAUUCAUUUUCCAUUACUUUCUAUGGGAAAGCAUGCCUUGGUUUAAGGACAGACUUCCUGAACAGAUUAAGUUUGUAAACCAAGGUAUCACACUGAUUUUGUGUAUGAAAACAGCGAUUAAUAAAAGCGGUGGACUUG